AUGAAGACCAACGAGACCAUAGAGUCCAAGCCAACGAAUUCCAGCGAUGGAUUGAGCAGCCCGAACCCAAAUCAAGUGAAAAGAACUUACUCAAUCAAGGACCACUGGAAAUGUCUUGCAGCUUGCACUCUUGUGUCUAUGUGCCCUUUCCAAUAUGGGCUGGACUUUGGCCUUAUAGGAGGAUUGCAAGCCAUGAUUGGCUUCCUGAAGAUCUUCGGGCAUGAAGCACCAGAGACCCCAUUGGGGUGGAACCUGUCCACCGAGCGUCAACAGCUCAUUUCAUCUCUCAUGACCCUCGGCGCGUUCUUGAGCUCGUCGACAGCAGGGCCUAUUGCUUCAUUCAUGGGCCGCAAGCCCAGUAUCUGGUCCGCCAGCCUCUUGUGCUGUAUUGCAAACGUCAUCAUGAUGGUCACGACAAAUAUCAACGCGAUAUACAUAGGCCGUCUGCUACUGGGUCUUGCCAAUGGUCUCUUUAUGACAUUCUCGCAGCUUUACAUUCAGGAAUCUGUUCCCGCACGAUACCGAGGUCUCAUGAUCUCGUCAUUCCAGGUGUGGACGUCAGUCGGAUCCUUAAUUGGUACCAUAGUCGACAACUUCACAGCCAAGAUCAUGAGUCGCGAGUCGUACCUGAUCCCGCUUGGGUUGAUAUACAUCAUUCCCGUCAUAAUGUCCGUCGGCCUCCUGCUGGUACCCGAGUCACCCAGAUGGCUUCUUGAACACGGCCAUAGGGAAAAAGCCCUCAAGUCCCUCCUGUGGCACCGGCCGUAUGGCCAGGCGGAAGCAGAAGAAGAACUCAAAGACAUGCAGGAAGCAUUGGAAGGAGAGAUGAGGGAAAAGAAUAGUGUCGCUAUCAAGGACAUGUGGACACAUCCGAUCGACCGCAGGAGGACUAUCCUCGCAGUCUGCGCCAUAACUCUUCAAGGUGCCUCUGGCGCAAUGUACAUGAUUGCUUAUGGCACCUACUUUUUCGAGAUGGCCAACAUCGGCAAUAGCUUCGAGAACUCGUGCAUUCUGACAGCUGUCGGUGUCUUCGCUAUCAUACUCAACAGUGCUGUUGUCACACACAUCGGUCGCCGGCGAGUCUUCCUCACCAUUGGGCUGUUCAUCUGUGGGCUAUCUCAGCUUCUCACAGCCGUGAUUUACACCGUGCGACCCGGAACUCAGUCGACAGGGAAGGGAAUAGUUGCACUUGCGAUUAUAUAUAUAUUCGGCUACAAUGGGAUGGUUGCCACAUAUGCCUGGAUCUCGGGUGGAGAGUUACCAUCGCAGCGACUCCGGUCGUACACAUUCGGCCUGGCCACAGCUGUCGGCUUCUUCGCUGCAUGGCUCGCGACAUUCACUGCGCCGUACUUCAUCAACCCUGAGUCGCUCAAUUGGGGACCAAAGUACGGCUAUAUCUGGACGCCCUCUUGCUGGAUCGCUGCGGCUUGGGUAUACUUCUUCCUUCCCGAAGUUAAGGAUCGAUCACUUGAGGAAAUUGAUGAGAUGUUCGAAGCUCGCCUCCCCGCCAAAAAAUUCCGCCAGUAUGUAUGCGUAGGUCGUGCUGGUCGUGAGGCGGAGAAGAAGGAAGCAGAGGUAGUACAUGCAGAAGAGGUUGUCUGGGCCGAUGGAAAGGCCGCUUCUGAAGCUGCUACGGCUAUUGCCUAA